GUAACGGUCUCUACAGCCAGCCAGCCAUCAGCAUCAUCGACAUGCGACAUCGUCUGUCUACACAACAAGGCAGUUGCGGCAUGUACUCGCACCACAACAUAUACUCCCUCCUUCGAGUAUAACAAGAUCAGGACAGUGGCUCUUGUGAAACGAAACAAGAGCUUACGUACAACCGCUUGAAGCUCGGAGGACAGAACGGCGUGUAAUCUUCACGCCAAUCGCAUACCAAAGGGCUCCGAGUCCGAGAACGGAAUCUCCCCCUUGACGAGCCACGUCGACUCAGCAACUGCAACCAAAGCGUUUUCAUAAUCGAGAUCGGCUACAAGUAAACGAAUACAACACGACACAAUCCACGUACAUACCUGAACGACACGAUAACAUGACGGUACAGACCCUGAACCGCACAGCGACAUUCGCAUGGGGUACCUCGGCCGACUCCCUCCCCUUGAUCGCGACGGGAACCGUUUCGGGAGCGCUCGAUGAGACUUUCAGCAAUGUCGGUCAGCUCGAGAUUUGGCAACCCGAGUUUUUCGGUGGAGCCGGAUCGCAGGGAUCUACCGAUGAGGGGUUGUUCUUGGGCGGAGAGGGUCAGCCGGGGCCCAAGGGAAGCAUCAGCACGAACGCCAGGUUCAACCGGCUCGCAUGGUCAAACCCAUCCUCGAAACACUCUCGAGGCCUUCUCGCUUCCGGUAUGGAAACGGGUGAAGUCUCGGUUUGGGAUGCCGACAAGAUCCUCAAUGGAGCUGGCGCUUCAGAGGCCUUGGUGUUCAAGAACGAGGUUCAUACGGGACCUGUCAGGGGGUUGGAUUUCAACCCUAAGCAACAAAACCUGUUGGCAAGCGGAGCCAUCAACGCUGAGCUUCAAGUCUUCGAUCUGACCAACCCUGACAAGACUCACUCGACCGGUCCCAAAUCCACCAAGCUCGACGAGAUCACCAGCGUCCAAUGGAACCCUUCCGUUGCUCACAUCCUCGCUGCUUCGUCCUCUUCGGGAUACACGUCAGUCUGGGAUUUGAGGCAGAAGAGGGAGGUCUUGUCCCUGGCAUAUGGGGGUGGGGCUGCAACCGGAAUGCAAGGAGCCGGGAGGAAUAUGGGUGGAUUCGGGAACAUGCAGGUGGGGAACAAGAGGGGGAUGAGUUCGGUCGUUUGGCAUCCGAACAACCCUACUCGAUUGAUCACUGCUUCGGAAGACGACACCUCGCCUAUUGUUAUGGUCUGGGACUUGCGAAACUCGCUCGCUCCCGAAAAGAUCUUGAGCGGCCACGACAAGGGAAUCUUGUCCCUAUCGUGGUGUGCACAAGACAGCGACCUUUUGUUGUCUUGUGGCAAGGACAACCGAACCAUCUGCUGGAACCCUCAAUCAUGCGAGAUUGUCGGUGAACUCCCUAGCAGCGACAACUGGUCGUUCCAGACGGCCUGGUGUCCCCGCAACCCGGACCUCAUCGCUACGGCCUCGUUUGACGGCAAGAUUGGGAUCCACUCGUUGCAGAACACGCACGAGAACCACAAUGAAGCGGGUCGAUCGGCCAACAAGACCAACGCAUCCAAUAACCCGGACGACAUUUUUGGCAGCCAGCCCGGUGAAGAGAGCUCGAGCGCGACUGCGCUCUCGCUCAAACAGCCUCCCAAGUGGUUGCGACCCCCCGUCAGCGUAGCGUUUGGCUUCGGAGGUCAGCUCGCCUCAGUCAAUGGUGGAGUCGUCUCGCUUCAAUCCGUGGUCACCGAGCAGGACGUUAUCGAACGAGCCAAAAUGCUCGCCGGCGCGAUCGAUUCUCAAGAAGAGCUUGGAUCGUUUUGUGAAGAUAUGGCCAAAAAGGAAGGAGGUGACGCGUCGGCUGUGGCUGGUUGGAAGGCUCUCAAGAGCUUGUUUACGACCAACUCGAGGGACGAGCUCGUCACUUUGCUCGGCUUCUCCAAAGGAGAGAUCGCACAUCAGGUUAGCGAGGCGAUCAAAAAGUUCAAGCUCACGAUCAAGACUGAAGGCGAGGACGAAAGCGAGGUGAAGACGCCCAAAGAGGGUGCCGUAACGUUUGCCGAACCUGGCGAGAUGGAAGAGACGGCUGACGGUGCUUCGACCCCCAAGGCUGAAUCGGAAGCCGACGGCAAAGGCAUCUCAACUCCGUCCGAGGUCAGCGCGACUACGGACGCUACAAAGAAGACGGAGGCGGAGACCGAGAUGACCGAGCACAGCUUGUUCGACGAGGACAACAGGAUCGGGACGCCUCAAUUCGAUACCGGAGCGGGUGCCAACUUCUUCAGCUCCAUAGGACAACUGAGGAACGCCUUGCCUGACCAUAUGCAGGUUCCUCAUCAGGCUUAUGCCAAGGACUCUUCGGUCGCGGCUACCAUCGGCUCGCGAGCUUCGUCGGUCGCUUCCGAGACCAUGAAGUCGAAUACGUUCAAGAUCUACCCUUCAAACGAGUCCGAGGUCGAUCGUCUGAUCACUCGGGCGCUUGUCGUCGGGGACUUCGAAUCCGCCGUCACUCUGUGCUUGUCUGUGGACCGAUUCGCAGACGCGCUAGUGCUCGCCGUUCGAGGCGGUCCCGAUCUCUUGGCCAAGACCCAGCAGGCCUACUUUGAGAAGCGCACCACAGCUCUUCCUUACCUUCGACUGUUCCAGUCGAUCGUCUCGGAAGACUUGUCUGACGUUGUGCAAAACGCAGAUUUGACCGAAUGGCAGGAAGUCUUCGUCGUCCUGUGCACCUUUGCCCGAGCCGACGAAUUCAACGGGUUGACUGAACAGCUCGGUCAACGUAUCGAAUUCCAGUCCCGUAUGGUCAAUGGGUCCAAUGAUCAGGCAAACUCCGAUAGGGCUAAGGAGCUUCGAAAGAAUGCCUUGCUUUGUUACCUUGCCGCUGGACGAUUGGAGAAGGCGGUCAACAUCUGGGUCGAGGAGAUGAGAGAGGACGAGGACACCGCCGUGAAUGGCGCCGGAUCUGAUGGCGCCAAGGCUUCGAGAUAUACCGCACAUGCUCAGGCCUUGCAGACCUUCAUGGAGAAGGUUGCUGUUUUCCGAAGCGCGACCAACUAUGUCGAUCGAGAUCUCGCGCAGCCCACUCAAGCUGUUUCGGCUGCCGAGAGCGGUGCUAGGACGUACUCUCUUGCCGCCCUCUACGACCGAUACUACGAAUACGCCGAUCUCUUGGCCACUCAAGGGCAGACUCAGCUGGCCGUCAAAUACGUGCAACAGACUCCGGCUGGAUACAAGGGAAGCAAGGGAGACGAAGCUGGACCAACGAGCGUCCGUGCACGUUACAUGCUUGGUGCUGGUCUCGCGGAGCAGAAACCCGCUCAGGCAUCUACAUCGGCUUUCGUUCCUACUCCUGCGCAAAAGCCGCCGGCGCCUCCGAAUCCGGCUUUCGGGAUUCAGCAACCGUUUGCUCCUGUGCAAGAGAUCCAGCAACCUCCCUUAUCCGCCGCGCCAUCAGCCUAUAGCCCUUACGUACCUGCUCAGCCUAGUCAGCCGGCUCAGACCGGUCCCUCAUCCUCGACGAACCCUUAUGCCCCGUCGAACCCUUACGGCGCAUCCAACUCUCCUCACGGUCCCGGUCCAUCCACGUACACCCCUGCGACCAACAAUUAUGGCCAAUACGGUGGACAACAACCACGAGCGCCAGCUGGUCCUGUUGCACCGCCUCCAAUGGCUCGACCCAGGCAGAACGACUCGCCAGGACCUGUCCCUGCUGCACAGCGACGGGACAUUCCAGGAUGGAACGACGCUCCUUCGAUGCAACCCAAGAGGACAGGAAGUGCACCCGGCAAGCCCCAGCCUAUCAUGUCGCCCUUCCCUGAAGGUCAAUCGCCGAUCGUACCCGCGCAAUCGCCUAUGGGGUAUCAACAGCCAAACCAGCAGCCCGGGCAAUUCGCGCCUCCCCCCCAAAGGGGACAGGGAGCAGCUAUUCCACCUCCUCCACGAGGCGCCCAGCCUCCUCGACCCGCUUCGGCUCAACCACCGCCACCACCGCCCGCAGCAAAUCAAGCGCAAUACACUCAAGCCAAGCCGAUGAGUCCACCCAUGCGAGCUGGUCCGCCGCCGGGUGCCAUUGCUGGACCGCCGCCGGCCCGAGCCAUGUCCCCGUUGGUGCCACCUCAGCACAGGGUCAUGUCGCCGCCUGCCCCUCAGCAGCAGCAAUACAUGCAACCCCCUGCGCCCCAGGCUCAGACUCCUUCGCAAGGGCCAUACCAACCUCCACCUGGAGCACGAGCAGGUCCACCUCCUCCUGGACGGGCACCAUCGCAGAUGGGCAACGCGUCGUCUUCUCGUCCAGCUUCGGUUGCACCCCCGACCAAAGCUGCACCCAAAUAUCCCCCGGGAGAUCGAUCGCACAUCCCUGCAGGAUCACAGCCAAUCUUCCAGUCCUUUUCUGACGAGCUGAGCCGAUUGACGCAUGUUGUACCGCCUCAACAACGGAAGAACUUGGAUGACACGCAGCGAAGGUUGAACGUGCUCUUUGACGAGCUGAACUGUGAGACUGUACCAGGGCCUGUUGUCGCUCAGCUCAACGAGAUGGUCAAAGCCAUCGCUGCUCGAGACGCACAAGCAGCUUUGGCAAUGCACGUAGAUAUGUUGACCCGCGGACCAAAAUCAGAGGGGAUGACUGGCUGGAUGAUCGGUAUCAAACAAUUGAUACGCCUUGGCAUGUAGUUUUUACUGUCUUUUUGAGUUUCGAAUCGUUGAAUAUACAUG